AUGUGGGACAUUCAUUAUGGGAUCGAGAAGGUGUGGGAGAUGGGCUAUCAAAGGGUCGUGAUAGAGACUGAUUGUCUAAAAGCAACAUCGUUGAUUAACGAUGCAAUGGAAUAUGAGGGUCCGGCCAGGAACCUUGUUGAGAUGUGCCGGGAUGCAAGAGGAAGAGACUGGGACCUUUGUUUCACUUAUGCUCCAAGAGAACAAAACAAAGUAAUUAAUGCCAUGGCCAAGUUUGCAAGCAACCAAGAGGAGGAUCUCAACUGGUUUGCAAUUCCACCAAUUGAGAUCCAUAGACAUAUUCGAGAGGAUGAGCUUGGUCUCCUUGUGUUUGGCAAGAGGGUGGAAAAUGAGGUCAACGGAAAAUGA